AUGAAGGGGGUUGAAGUCGCUAAGGGAACGAUCCUUCUUCUCGUUCAUCGCCCAGAACUUCAGCAUGUCGCUGGCACGUGCUGGCCGAGCGGUUGCGGGCGGCGCGUGACUCACGUGACUUACACGAGUGCGUGCGCCAUCACCAGGCCUUCCUGCGGGCUGGUGGGUCAUUUCGCCCUGGCGCAGUUCGCCUCCUCGCUAAUCGUCAUCUGCAUCUCCCUCUUCAACGCCACCAAGCUUAAAUCAACGGAGCUCACCGCAUGGCUGUUUGCCUUGAAGGCGAUCUGUCCCUGUCGAUCGCGCAUCGAGGUCGCGAAACGAACAGAGCGCGCACCUUUCUGUAAAAGAUGCUGCUGUUUGUCACUCCCGCUUGUCUAUUGCCAGAUCAGCCCACGCUGCAUUCACUUCGGCGAGGGCCAUCUGACAAAGGAUUGCAGCAACAACAAACCUGCUGUCUGCUGCAACUGCGAAGCUAAUCAUUCCGGCUGCAAGCUAACCCAACGCAAGGCCUACACGGCCUUAGCAAUAAAGAGCAAAGAUCUAAGCCGAAGCCACAAACACCACGCAAGCAACGCGCGCGGCGAAGGCGGUGACGAACUCAGUCCGCUCGACCUGACACCGCCGCGCCUAACGGAGGAGGUAUCUGAGCUGAAACAGCAGGGAAACGCCAGAACCCGCCCUCUCCCUCAGGGCUCCGUCCUCACACCGCUACUGUUCUUGGUUGUACGUGGCGAUGGUGCCCCCCUUUCUCUUGGACGUGUUUCUGCUGAGCGAGAUGGACUGUCGCGCGCCAUCUACGAGUCUCCGUGGCUCGACGCCCCUCUGCGCAUGCGCCGUGAACUCAUGACCACCUGCGCCUGUCCACAGCCGGCGGCUUCGCAGACCUCUCGCGAGAGACCUUCCUCUCGGGCGUCACCUGCAUUUCGAGUCUUGACGAUACCCAGCUAUGAGAAUUCUAGCAGCCGGCUUCUCUGA